AUGGCCCGCGGCAGCACAGCGUUCCUCUUCACGUCGCUGGGUUCCAAAGAGCCUUCAAGCUCGCGCAAGACCCACAUCCGUCGCCUGUUCGACGUCCUCGAGGUCUGCAUCCAGCGUCACGACUGGCCCCGCGCAAAACGGGCAUGGGCCAUCCUUGCGCGAUGCGGGGAAGUGGGAUGGAAGACGAUGUGGACGACAAGUGGCCAGGACAACGCGGAACGAAUCCGAUUCCUGAGCGUGAUGAUGCGCCAAUACCCGGAGGAGGUGAGGCUACCGGAUGCCGUGGGCGCACCCGCUGCCGCUGACAGCACCUUCCCGCGCCAGCGCGAGUCCAUCCUCAAGGAACUCGUGCUUCGGCUGAUCCAGAGCGGCGCACACCGGCGCGCGAUGGAAGAACUCGACCUCUACCUGCCCUCGUACCCAUACCAAGACAAUCCCGCGUUGCACACCUACGCCGGCAUGAUUGCGCUCUACCUCGCCCAACCGAGCAGCGAGCCCGCAAUCUCCGAGGAGACGACUUUCGGUCCGUCUGCGCCCUGCAAUAAGCCUCCACAUGUCCAUCGCUGA